GCAUAUGCGUGAUACGGAACACACCCUUAGUCAUGCGCACAGAUCUACUGUUGUGUGUUUGUGUCUACUGCGCAUCGCUGUCUCAUUAUUGAGUCUGUAACAUAUAGACAUAACGUAUAUCUGAAGUCGUACAUAACGAUGGGGAGUUCUCGAAUUAUGUCAUAUAUUUAUGAUAAAUUUAUUUUUACAACCAGAUAUCAAUUGGAUAUGUCUUGGAGAUAUGUAUAAAAAAUUAUCUUACAGAUAUGCAAACAUCAGUCCGUUUUAGAGGUUAGAAGAUGUAUAUAUAAGAGUCACCCUAAUAAGUGAUUGCACUGGCAAUGCUGCAUUUUAAAUAACUACAGCAAUUAAUAACGAUUAGUCAUCUUGUCUGGUUGUGUCUACCUAGUUGUAUUAGUCUCAUCACAUGAGCAAUUAUAUGGAAAGAAUGGAACUUCAGGAUGAUGCCAGAGCACAAUUGUGCCAUAAAUUUUGUUAUAAUAUACCAGAGCGUAUCUCCAAAGGUGUAGAACAUUUCUUCUAUUUGCUUGGAUUAAAGAUCGCUCAAAAUCCACUAAAAUGGAUAUUGGGAUGUUCUGUGGUAAUAUUGAUCUGUAUAUUGGGCUUAUUCCGCUUUCGACAAGAAAAGAAUCCGAUAAAACUUUGGAAUCCUCCAGAUGCUGACUUUGUACUUGAUACUGAAUGGCUAAUGUCACAUUAUGAGGAAGCUUUAAGAAUUCAAACAUUUAUUUUAACUGGAGAUAAUAUUUUAGAUCAACAAACACUAAUUAAGCUAAAUGAAAUAACUAAAGAAAUGAUCUCUGCUCAAACACCAAUUGAGAAAAUUUCCUGGACUGAUGUUUGUAAGAAAAUUCCUGCCAUCUCUAGAUAUACAAAUAGGAAAAAACGACAAAGCUCUCUUUUCGAAGAUAAUUUCUUCGAUGAUGAUCUCUUUUCAAAUAUAAAUAAUAAAACAUUUGAACCUGCUGUUCAUGUUAACACCGAAUUAUACUGUAGCAUAUUUAACAACUUUCCUAUGGCUUGCCUUAUAUUUAGCAUCUUAGAUAUAUGGGAUUUCGAUAGCGCCGAAAUUGUGAAAGAUACAACAGAUGAUAUUAUUAAAAAGAUUAAUACAGUGAAAAUCAGUCCCACACUAGGUCAUCAUAUGAACUUCAGUGAGCUUCUGGGAGGUAUAACUCUAGACAAGGGAGGUAGAAUUGUUGCUGCAACAGCUGUGAAAACUUACAUGAUGGUUCAUGUUAAUUUCCUUAACGUGGACAUGGAUAAAAUCGGAAACGCCGCAGGAACUGCUGAUUGGGCAACAGAAGACGUGCUGAAAUGGGAAUCAGCUUUUCUCGAAACUGCAAAAAGGAUUUCAAACACACUGCAAAACGAGAAAAACGAAAAUACCUCGUUGAUGUUUUACUAUGAGGCUGGCAGAAGCUUCGGAGACAUCAGCGGGACAUCUAUGUUUCAAGAUAUAGAUAAAUUGAUUGUGGGAAUUUUGUUAAUGUUUCUGUACGUUUUGACGAUUUUAUCGAAAUCAAACUGGGUAGAGUUGCGGUUUUGUCUCACCGCCACUGGCCUUUUAUGCGUGGGUGGUGCGUUUAUACUCGCAGUGGGUGUAUGCUCUCUGAUCGGAAUUCCUUAUGGUCCAGUACACACAUCUUUACCAUUUUUACUUUUGGGUCUUGGAAUAGACGAUAUUUUCGUGUUCAUGGCGUCAUGGAAACAGAUACAUACCGACGAGUCCAUUUUAAGUAAGCCGUUGAUUGAGAGAGUCGGGUUUGCAUUAGGACAUGCUGGUUCUGCUAUCACCGUUACUUCAUUUACUGAUGUCAUGGCAUUUAUGAUUGGUGCCUCUACGGUAUUACCGUCGCUCCAAUCUUUCUGUAUCUACGCUGCAAUUGGAGUGUUCGUGACAUACCUGAUGCAAGUUACAUUUUUCAUCGCCUGCUUUACAUUAGACGUUAAGAGAAUAGAGAAAAAGAGAAAUGGAGCGUUACCGUGCAUCGUGCAUGAGAAUUUCACACCCAAGUUACUGGACCCGAGCGAUACACCAUCCUGGAAAUUUAUAAACGCUUUAUACUCGCGUGUGAUAUUUACUACGCCUGGAAAAGUUAUUAUCGUAUUAAUUACAAUCGCAACAGCGUCUAUAAGCGUCGUAGGUUCUCUUCAGUUAAAACAAUGGUUCGAUCCAAUAUGGUUGUUGCCAAAAGACUCCUAUUUGACUCAAUAUGUAGCUGUUCAUAAGCAAAAAUUUCCCGAUCAAGGAAUCGAAGCCUUCGUCGUUAUGGGAGAUGAUAUUGACUAUCCUUUUGAAUUGCCUAAAAUAAUAUCGCUAACAGAACGUUUGGAAAACGCGUCUUUCAUCCAAGCAGUAGAAUCCUGGCCGAACGAUUUUGCGAAAUUCGUGUCAACAUAUUUUAAUACAGAUUUAAGGACCGCAAACAUCACAUAUAACGACUUUGACCAUUAUUUAUCGAAAUUUCUGGUCAGUCGAGCCGGUGGCAAAUAUCAGAGAAAUUUCUUCUUCAACGAGACGUUCAAGUGUGGCAGAAGCAUUCCUCGGAUCAUCGUGGCGACCAUUGACUUCAAGUUUACGAACUUUGCAGGCCCUCAUCAAUGGAUACCGGCGAUGGACGACAGUAAACGUAUAGUUAACGGAGCAAAAAUUCGCGGAUUCGUAACAGUGUGGAGCAAAUUUUUCGGACCGUGGACUACCGACAAACUGAUCUCCCAGGAAGUAAUACGGAAUGUUAUGCUGGCGUUAAUCUGUGUCAUGGGUACUACGACUAUCAUCAUUGCCGAGUUGCAGACUUGCUGUUGGAUCCUCCUCUGUGUAGUUCUCACACUGCUCAAUGUUUGUGGCUUCAUGUAUUUUUGGGGACUGACGAUAGACUUGGUGUCAUGCAUCGGUCUCGAGCUGGCCAUUGGUCUGAGUGUGGACUACGCUGCGCACGUGGCGCACGCCUUUUUGAAUGCUAAAUCGCGGCAGGACGACUGCGAUUCUCGCACGACACGAGCGUUAGUCGCGGUCAGGCACAUCGGCGCGGCGGUUGCGUACGGCGCCGGCUCGACGAUGCUCGCCAUCUCGAUGUUGGCCUUCUCAACGUCCUACGUGUUCACAGGCUUCUUCAGAAUAUUCUUCUUGGUGAUUGUGUUUGGACUUUGGCACGGGCUAUUCUUCCUGCCGAUUGUAUUGAGCAUCAUUGGACCGCGAAGCUUACGUAUCGUGACGCAGCCACAGCCGAUGUCCGAGAAGGCUCCCAUGGCCGACGACGAAAAUUGAAGUGCGGAGAAACGGAUAGUUCUUUCAGGCAUCCUGGUUCUUUAUCAAUAAUAUUUAUUUUUGGUUCAAUAAACAUACAAAAUUAUUACACUAUCCGUACUAUUAAUCACACAUUUAUACAAAAAUAAUAAUAAUAAUAAUAGUAAUACGUCGGAUAAUUUAAAAGCGACAUUAUUUAUAGAUCUUUAUAUAAUA